UGUUUGUCUCCCACCCGCUGGGUUUAGGGUUUUAGAACUUGGACAAUAAACCACCAUUUCUCGCUUUCCCCUCCAUUUUCUCCUGUUCUCUCACCCCCGCCCGACCAGGUACAUUUUUUCUUCCUAUCUAAUUGAAAAAAAAAAAAAACUCUGACUUUAACUUCUAUGUAAGUUAUCGCAUUAUUUCUUUCUUUCUACCACUCUUUAUCUUUUUUCCCGGUAAUGGCAAGAGGCCCUGCAAGGAACCUCCUUUAUCUGUAUUCCUCUAGAGACAAUUUCACCAAGGUGAGAGCUUUUCUUCUUCCCAAUAGAUUCCAUCGGGCUGAUUCCCCAAACCCAUCAAAUUCCCAUCCUUUCCUCACUCCUGAUUCAAAAUUCUGUAUCCCACCUCAAUUCUCCCCAUCCCACUUUACACAAUCACUUAAUUAUAGGUGUUUAAAUUUCCAAAGACACCCUUUCUCGACAUUAGUAGAAAAUGGAACCCCAAAUUUGAAUUCUGCACCUGCUCUUGAAUCAGAAGUUACAGAAGUAGAUAGUAUUAGUGAUAUAGGUUUGGAUGAAAAUGGACCUGGAAAUGAGAAUUUAGAGCCUGAGAAAAGAUUGAACUUUGCUCAGAUAGCUAGCCGGGAUCCGGUAGAAAUUUAUAAAGAGCUUAGAGAUGCUUCUAAAAGUGAUAAGCAGAGUAGGAGUGAUUGGGAUCUGUUAAUUGAGGUUUUCAGAGGUUUUGCAAAAUCUGGUUGGGCUUCUAACCAGGCUUUAGCUGUGUACAUUGGUGCAUCUUUUUUUCCUACAGCCGCCCAUAAAUUUCGUAAUUUUUUUUUUAAGAAGUGCAAGAUUGAUAUAGUGAAGUACUUGGUUUUCCUUGCCCCUGGUAUUGAGGCUGAGAAGUUUUUGUUUCCAAUUUUUGUUGAGUUUUGUUUAGAAGAGUUUCCUGAUGAAAUUAAGAGGUUCAGGAGUAUGGUUGAAUCAGCUGAUUUGACGAAGCCUCAUACUUGGUUUCCAUUUGCUAGGGCAAUGAAAAGGAAAAUUGUAUAUCACUGUGGUCCGACUAAUAGUGGGAAAACGUAUAAUGCUUUGCAGAGGUUUAUGGAAGCAAAAAAGGGUAUUUAUUGCAGUCCUCUCAGGUUGUUGGCUAUGGAAGUUUUUGAUAAGGUGAAUGCAUUAGGGGUUUACUGUAGUCUCUUAACUGGGCAAGAGAAAAAAUAUGUCCCAUUUUCAAAUCAUGUUGCUUGUACUGUUGAGAUGGUGUCGGUUGAUGAGUUGUAUGAGGUGGCCGUGAUUGAUGAGAUACAAAUGAUGGCAGAUCCAUCUAGAGGUGAUGCAUGGACGAGGGCUUUGCUUGGAUUGAAGGCUGAUGAGAUACAUUUAUGUGGCGAUCCAAGUGUUUUAAACAUUGUUAGAAAGAUUUGCUCUGAGACUGGGGAUGAGUUGGUUGAACAACGUUAUGACAGGUUUAAGCCACUGGUUGUUGAGGCGAAGACCCUUUUGGGAGACUUGAAAAAUGUGAAAUCUGGGGAUUGUAUUGUUGCAUUUUCCAGGAGAGAGAUUUUUGAAGUGAAAUUAGCAAUUGAGAAGUACACAAAACACCGUUGCUGUGUCAUAUAUGGUGCGCUGCCACCAGAGACCCGUAGACAGCAAGCCAACUUGUUUAAUGAUGACAAUAAUGAAUAUGACAUCUUGGUCGCAAGUGAUGCUGUGGGAAUGGGUUUGAAUCUUCAUAUUAGAAGGGUUGUGUUCUAUAGUCUCUCAAAGUACAAUGGUGAUAAGACUGUUCCAGUUCCAGCUUCCCAGGUGAAGCAGAUUGCUGGAAGAGCUGGCCGAAGAGGGAGUCGCUACCCUGAGGGUCUAACUACCACUUUGCACCUUGAAGAUUUGGACUACUUGAUUGAGUGCUUGAAGAAGCCAUUUGACGAAGUUAAGAAAGUUGGUCUCUUUCCUUUCUUUGAACAGGUCGAGCUAUUUGCUGGCCAAUUUCCAGAUGUUACUUUUGCACAGCUACUUGAAAAGUUUGCCGAAAAUUGCAGGUUAGAUGGGUCUUACUUUCUGUGCCACCAUCACCAUAUAAAGAAAAUUGCAAAUAUGUUAGAGAAGGUCCAAGGGCUAUCUCUGGAAGAUCGUUUCAAUUUUUGCUUUGCCCCUGUUAAUAUUAGAGAUCCGAAAGCAAUGUACCAUCUUCUGAGGUUUGCGUCAUCAUAUGCACAUAAGGUCCCUGUCAAUAUUGCAAUGGGCAUGCCAAAAUGUAUUGCACGUAAUGAUUCAGAGCUCUUGGACCUUGAGACUAAGCAUCAAGUAUUGUCCAUGUAUUUGUGGUUGUCUAACCAUUUUGAAGAGGAGAAAUUUCCCUAUGUCAAGAAGGUUGAGGCAAUGGCGGUAGACAUUGCAGAACUUCUUGGUGAAUCAUUGACCAAAGCUAACUGGAAACCAGAAUCAAGAAAUCCAGGAAAACCAAGACAACAAGAGAAUGAAGGUGGUUAUGAAAGGCCAAGGUCACUAAUCAAAUUGUAUGAGCAGAAAAGGCAGGAAGGCUUCUCAGCUGGACAGAAACUAGAAAAGGUGACAGCCUAAUGCUCCUUAAGCAGAAUAAUGCACGCCUAACGCCUUAAUUUACAGUACAUAAGAGUGGACUUGAAGCUUUUUGCCCGUCUUACUUGGGAUGCAAUGGAUGGGGAAACGUUCACAAUGAUCAGCCUAUCAGGCCAAUGUCAAGUUCAGCCAGCAAACUAACCUUGAAGAUGGUGCACAGUUGGCUUAAGAAAUUAUGCUAGUACUAUUGCAACCUUGCAUAAAUCGUGGCUGCAAGCUUCUGGCAGAAAUUAUUGGGCUUGCCUCUGUAACAUGGGUGAUUGCAUGAAAUAUUCUCCAAAAGCGGUUGGUGAGUUGCAAAUAUUCUGUUCCAGCAUAAUAUGUCUCAUCCAGAUAUCAUCUUGUACGAGUAAUUAUUGUUUCGAUCAAGUAUAACUUGCAUAUUAGCCGCAGUAUGAGUACUGGAAAUUAUGAUCAAGAGUUUCAACCUCAGCUGAAUUCGAUUUAAGGGGUAAAACACCAGUAUGA